AUGACAGGUGUGGCAUGUGAGCGUGAGAGCAGCUUGAAACAUGUGUCAGAGGGCCAAUGCCUGAGACUCGAGAGGUCAUACCAAACACCAGCUCAUGUGCAGCCACAGCACAAGUCUUGGUUACAGAAUUUGAGGAGACUGCUCCCUUUGAAAGACUGGUACAGUUUUGGUACAGCGGGUGUAGUGUGGUCUGUUAGCCAGGUGGAGGCGCCGCUGCACCCCUCUGUAUUACCGGUGGGUGUGUGCUGGAGGGUUCUGCAGGUGUGUAUGCUGUGGUUGGUCCUGGGAGGUUGUGUUCAUGCCCUGAGGCACUGCCUGCGGCUAGGACAGAGGAAGGGCAACCCAACACUGAUGUCACAGCAGGAAGUUGUAGUUGAAAACAGGCAAAAUCUGCAUGCAUGGGCAUCUCAGUCAAGGAGCCCAGGUCACAAUGUUCCUCUGGCUCUUGCUUUGGCUGAUUCCUUGCUGAUGUGUGUACUCCAGGAGCCCCUGCCAGACCCCAGUGUGCCCCACAUUCAGGCUCUCCUCUCCAGGCUGGAGUCAGUGUCUCACACACUUGAAAAGGCUGAUAUUGGGUCAGAGGUGACACGGGAGGAGGUGAACCGAGAUUCUGUACUGAAAGAUAAAGUAAUGCUCAUCCGCACCUUCCUGCAGCAAAGGAUGAGCUCACUAAGUAGACUCGUCCAGGUGCAGGGGAAUUUUGAGGCCAGUGUAAAGGAUAUACUCAAGGGCCUAGAUGGCCUCUGGGCUCAGCUGGAGGAGCUGCAUGCUGGGGUCACUCUCACCAAAGAGGGGAGUGGUGGCCACAGAGAUCUGGCCUUGGCCCAGACAGACGCAGAGACUUUGUUCACAGUCCUGGGCCACCACAAAAACAGACUUCAGCACUGCCAGGCUCAUCUGACAGACAGCACACAACUUCUGCAGGAGUUAACGUGGAGUCACACUCAUAUAAGCAACAGUGUACGCAGCAGCAGCAGCAGCAAUGAGUCAGUUUGGCCAGAGAUGUUGCUUCAGUCCAACAUUGAGCAGUUUGACAAGGUGCAGGAGAGUUUCCUGUCCCUGGAACAACAGACCUCUACGUUCCAAGCCCACCUGGAGGGACUUGGAAAAGGGAAUCAGGACGGACAUGCAUGGCCCCUCACUCAUGCUAACGGGGCCUCUUCAUGCCCGGUCUCUCCACAGACUUCCCCAAAUCGCCACAGUGGACAUCAAAGUGAUGUUUCACCGAAACACCGCAAUUCGAUUUCUUCAUCCACGUCCGUUUCCUCAGUGGAUGCAGACACAGACACAGACCAUCGUCUCUCUUUGUGUGAGAGGUCAGCACUACAGUUUUCCUCCACUAUCGGGCGCUUGCCAGACAGACAGAGUGACCACGAUGACUUGAGCCCUUCAAAGCAGGGAUUUCAGGUUGAGGGCAGAUGGGGGGAGAGGAAGGUAGAAGGGGGCAGUGAAGGUCAACGCCGGAAGCGUUUCUGUUAUUACUAA